AUGCGCGCGGUGGCAGCAGGUGCUCGGCCGCCCUCCUCGGGCGCCUCCGCAGCUUUGGCGAGUUCCAGACUGGAACUGCCCUGGAACUUUGGCACCGUCUGCUGGGGCACUCGGAAAGCUGCCACUCAUCUUGAAGAAAAAACACAGUGGGAGCAUCCUAAAUCUGGCAAGAGGAAACGUGUUGCAGGAGGUCUGCCGUAUGGAUGGGAGCAGGAGACAGAUGAAAAUGGACAAGUCUAUUUUGUGGACCACAUAAACAAAAGAACUACUUAUCUUGAUCCAAGAUUGGCCUUUACAGUUGAAGAUAAUCCAGUAAAACCUCCUACUAGACAAAAAUAUGAUGGCAAUAGUACUGCAAUGGAAAUACUGCAGGGACGUGACUUGAGUGGAAAAGUGGCUAUAAUCACUGGAGCAAAUUCAGGAAUAGGUUUUGAAACUGCAAAGUCUCUUGCAUUGCAUGGGGCUUAUGUUAUCCUGGCCUGCAGAAAUAAGUCAAGAGGCAAUGAUGCUGUGCAACGCAUUCUUACAGAAUGGCAUAAAGCUAAGGUAGAAGCAAUGACCUUAGACCUUGCUUCUCUUCACAGUGUGCAGCAUUUUGCUGAAGCAUUCAAGUCCAAGAAUGUGCCUCUUCACAUAUUGAUCUGCAAUGCUGCCAUUUUUGGUGCUCCAUGGUGCUUGACGGAAGAUGACCUGGAGUCCACCUUUCAGGUGAAUCACCUGGGGCAUUUUUAUCUUGUUCAGCUCCUUGAAGAUGUUCUACGCCGUUCAUCUCCCGCAAGAGUAGUUGUGGUAUCCUCAGAAUCACACAGAUUUACAGAAAUUAAAGACAACACCGGGAAACUUGAUUUCAGCCUCCUUUCUCCAUCGAAGAAGGAGUAUUGGGCUAUGCUGGCCUACAAUCGUUCCAAGCUUUGCAAUAUAUUGUUCUCCAACGAGCUCAACCGCCGCCUUGCUCCCCACGGGGUGACGUCUAACGCCGUCCAUCCUGGAAAUAUGAUGUACUCCUCGCUCCAUCGGAGCUGGUGGGUGUACACCCUGCUGUUUACCUUGGCUCGACCUUUCACCAAGUCCAUGGGAGGGUGUCGAAAGGAACCAGCCUAUGGAGUUUUUACAAAUUGGCUUAGUUUUACUUACUCUGCCUUCACAAAGGAAUCCCUUGUGUUGGUUGCUCAGCUCACCUGGGUGUUUAGGUCAGGAUGCAGCGUGCUCGUCUCGGAGCCCAAAGCUGCUGUGUGGAGGCUGUGGCCUGUGCGCGCGUCCUGCCAGAUGCCCGCGCUGCCCAGUGCAGCACGAGGCGGCAGCGCGGCCGGCCUGCACGGAGCGGGGCCCGACACCGGCGGGGAGCUGCCCGUGCCAAGGCUGUGUUACUAG